AUGCCGUCGAGAACUAACGGAGUCGGGGUUCAGGUGGAAGAGACCAAAAUAUGUGUCGUCAUGGUAGGCCUGCCAGCCCGCGGCAAAAGCUUCAUCGCACAAAAAGCCCAACGGUAUCUUCAAUGGCUCUCCAUCCGGGCGCAGGUGUUCAACGUCGGUAACUACCGUCGCAAUGACGCACCCCACCCCACCGCUGAUUUCUUUGACAUGAACAAUGAGGAGGGUGAGCGGAAACGUCGUGUGGCCGCCGAGUCCGCCAUCGCCGAUAUGCUGGCGUGGUUCCGGUCUGGCGGUGUCGUUGGGAUCCUGGACGCGACCAAUUCGACCAAGGAGCGCAGGAGAUGGGUUAUGGACACAUGCUCUAGCAACGGUAUCGAGGUGCUCUUCGUGGAGAGCAAGUGCGACGAUGAGGAUCUUAUCAUGGCCAACAUUCGCGAUGUCAAAUCCACCAGCCCAGACUACCGCGGCCAGGACCCAGAGCAGGCCGCCUCGGAUUUCCGCAACCGUAUCAAGAUGUACGAGAAGGUCUACCAGACUAUUGAUGAGGGCAACGGCGAGGAUGAGUACACCUACCUGAAGCUCAUGGACGUCAGCAAGCAGGUCAUCAUCAACCGCAUCCAAGACUAUCUCCAGAGCCGCAUCGUUUACUACCUAAUGAACCUACAUAUCAGGCCGCGCUCCAUUUGGCUAUCCAGACAUGGAGAGUCUCUUUACAACCUUGAUGGCCGAAUCGGCGGCGAUGCUCUCAUUUCCUCACGAGGUGAAGCGUAUGCUCGGAAGCUUCCCGAGCUAGUCCGACAGUCUGUAGGGGAUGACCGCCCACUCACUGUGUGGACGUCCACCCUCAAGCGAACCAUCGCGACAGCUCGCUUCCUCCCGUCGCAUUAUAACCAACUGCAAUGGAAGGCCUUGGACGAACUGGACUCUGGCGUCUGCGAUGGCUUGACGUACCAAGAAAUCAAGGACCGAUACCCCGAGGACUUUGCUGCCCGUGACGAGGACAAGUACAACUACCGUUACAGGGGUGGUGAAUCCUAUCGCGACGUUGUCAUCCGCCUGGAGCCCGUUAUUAUGGAGCUCGAGCGGAGCGAAGACAUUCUCAUUGUUACCCACCAGGCCGUUCUCCGAUGUGUUUAUGCCUACUUCAUGAAGAAGGACCAAGCUAAGAGCCCAUGGAUGAACGUGCCCCUCCACACGCUGAUCAAGCUUACGCCGAGGGCAUACGGCACCGAGGAGGAGCGGUACGAGGCCAAGAUUCCCGCCGUGAGCACAUGGCGCGGCAAGGGAAGCACGGCCAAGCACGAAAACCCCACACCGGAGUCGCUGUAA